UCCAAACGUUUCCGAAGAAAGAAACGAUUUUUUUUAAAAAAAGAUCAACAAAUUUAAAAGGGUCGGAAGGAAAGUGCCAGCCAGUUCAGGCUUAAGGGCAAAAAAAAAAAAACAAAAAAUCGAAAUCUGCUUCAUUACAAAGAUUCUUUCUUCCCUUCUGUACAAACUUUCCCACAUGAAGCCUCUGUUCCUUUUCUUGCGCCUGGAUUCUCUACACUAAUUCAUGUCUGUAACUUAAUCGAGUGUGGUUUGGCUUCUUCGAUUGACCCUGCAGGCAGAUAGAUUGGAACUUUGAACUUCUUGUUACAGUUUGUAGUAGGCAAUGGCGACAUUUGGGGACAUCGGCGUGGCUGCCGGAAUAAACAUUCUGUUUGCAGUGGCAUUCUUGGUAGCAUUCGCAGUUCUGCGGCUGCAGCCGAUCAAUGACAGAGUCUAUUUUCCGAAAUGGUACAUCAAGGGCCUGAGAAGCAGCCCGAUGCAUUCGGGCUCGUUCGUCACCAAGUUUGUGAAUUUGGAUUGGAGAUCAUACAUCAGGUUCUUGAACUGGGUACCCGACGCGCUGAGAAUGCCCGAGCCGGAGCUCAUUGAUCACGCCGGCCUCGAUUCUGCCGUGUACUUGAGGAUUUAUCUGCUCGGGCUUAAGAUAUUUGUCCCCGUGGCGCUGCUCUCGUGGGCGAUCUUGGUGCCCGUCAACUGGACUAAUGACACCUUGGCGAAGUCGCAGCAUAGUAAUAAGUUGGAGUUCAGUAACAUCGAUAAGCUCUCUAUAUCGAACAUUCCACUCAAGUCGCCGAGGUUUUGGACGCAUAUAGUGAUGAUCUACACCUUUACUUUCUGGACUUGCUAUACUUUGCGAAAGGAGUACGAAAGGGUCGCAACGAUGCGCUUGCACUUUCUUGCUUCUGAGAAACGUCGUCCUGAUCAGUUCACUGUUCUUGUUCAAAAUGUGCCACCGGACCUCGAUGAAACUGUGGGCGAAUCUGUCGAGCAUUUCUUCAUGGUUAACCAUCCUGAUCACUAUCUAACUCAUCAGGUUGUAAUCAAUGCUAAUAAACUUGCCAAGCUAGUUAAGGAGAAGAAAAGCAAACAGAAUUGGCUCGACUAUUACCAACUGAAAUACUCGAGAAAUCAAGAAAAACGACCAACGACAAAGACUGGUUUUCUUGGCCUUUGGGGGGAAGAAGUGGAUGCGAUUGACCAUCAGAUGGCUGCAAUCGAGAGACUGUCAAGAGAAAUAGCUGCAGAGAGGGAGAGGGUGAAAACCGAUCCAAAAUGCAUCAUGCCAGCGGCAUUUGUCUCCUUUAAGACAAGGUGGGGCGCUGCGGUCUGCGCACAGACACAACAAACCAGAAAUCCCACAGUGUGGCUGACAGAGUGGGCAUCUGAACCCCGGGAUGUCUACUGGGAUAACCUUGCGAUUCCCUACGUUUCUCUGACUAUCCGGAGGCUAAUCACCACUGUUGCUUUCUUCUUCCUCACGUUCUUCUUCAUGAUCCCCGUCACUUUUGUGCAAUCUCUUGCAAAUAUAGAGGGUAUUGAAAAAGCAGUACCAUUUCUCAAGCCGAUAAUUGAAGUGCCCUUUAUCAAGUCGGUGAUCCAAGGUUUUCUUCCAGGGAUUGCUUUGAAGAUUUUUCUGGUCGUUCUACCAACAAUACUUAUGAUAAUGUCCAAAUUUGAGGGAUUUCUGUCCAUAUCAGCUCUGGAGAGGAGAGCCGCCACGAGAUAUUACAUCUUCAACUUUGUCAACGUCUUCCUCGUGAGUGUAAUAGCUGGAACUGCAUUUCAACAACUAGACAGCUUCAUCCAUCAGUCUGCAAAUGAUAUCCCUAAAACAAUCGGUGUCGCAAUCCCUAUGAAAGCAACUUUCUUCAUUACCUAUGUAAUGGUGGACGGAUGGGCUGGUGUGGCGGGAGAAAUCUUGAGGUUGAAGCCUUUGAUAAUCUUCCAUCUGAAAAACUUCUUCCUGGUGAAGACGGAAAAGGAUAGGGAUGAAGCAAUGGAUCCGGGAAGCAUUGGAUUCAAUACAGGUGAACCACAGAUACAACUGUAUUUUCUUCUAGGCCUUGUCUAUGCAGUGGUCACACCUGUUUUCAUUCCUUUCAUACUGGUUUUCUUCGCCCUGGCGUAUGUAGUGUUUCGCCAUCAGAUCAUAAACGUGUAUAAUCAAGAAUACGAAAGUGGUGCUGCAUUUUGGCCGGAUGUCCAUGGUCGAAUAAUCUCUGCCCUUGUAUUCUCGCAGCUUAUACUGAUGGGAUUACUGAGCACCAAAGGUGCUGCUCAGUCCACGCCAUUUCUUAUCGUGCUUCCAGUUUUGACCAUUUGGUUCCACAGAUUCUGCAAGGCCCGUUAUGAACCAGCUUUUGUUAGAUAUCCCUUACAGGAAACAAUGAUGAAAGAUAUCCUAGAGCGCGCAAGAGAACCAAACCUGAACUUGAAGAGCUACCUCCAAUACGCCUACAUCCAUCCUGUUUUCAAAAAUGAAGAUGAAGACGAUGAUGGAGACAAUCGUAACAAUGACAAGCUAGAUGAAGAUGUGCUAGUGCCUACCAAGCGAUCCUCUCGAAGAAAUACACCUGCACCGAGCAAAUUGAGUGAUGCAUCAUUGCCAUCACAUACAGAUAAUAUUUGCUGUAGCCCAUAGUCAGUAAUUAUACAAUAAGAAAUAGAUGAAUUUUGAGUUAGAAACUCCCUCAGGGUGAGGUACAGGAAGUCUAUGGUUUUCCAUCUUUUACCGGCAAAUCAAUUUCCAGUGUUAGAAAGUGAGAUCAUUUUACGAUAUGCAUAAGUUGCGCGCUCGAUGGCUCAUUCAUGUACAGGAUAAAUAAGCUGUAGUGACAUUGCUUGUUUUUGUUCUGAAAACUAUUGAGUUAAAAAAACUCGGUACACCUUUUUCCUGAUGCAGUAA